AUGAGCCGCCCGAGCGGCCUCGCCGGCAUGAGCGACUUGCCGGCCAGCCAGGCGCGCGACGAGGCGAGCACGCGCGCGUGGCAGAUCGCCGACAGCCUGUCGAAGCUCGAGGGUCGCUCUACCGGCCCCCCUGUACUCGGCGACGUCACGCUUGCGUCCGUCGAGCUCGAGAGCGGCGAGGUCGGCGGCGCUCCUUCUACGUCGCCGCAACCGCGAGCUCGCACGACCAGGGCGCGCACGAGCUCGAGCAACCGUGCAAGCGUCGCCACGCUCGACUCGAUGAGCACGACGGGCGAGACGGUCUACGAGGACGCCAAGGAGGACCUGUACGCCGACGAGCCGGCAGACGAGGUCCUGCCAGUUCUGCACCUUUCCGAGCUUACCGAGCCACCUGUCCUCUUCGGCGUCCCCUCGUUCGCCGCCGCCGGCCCCGUCGCGCCUGUCUCGACCGCCGAGCUGCAACAUUCGCCGGUCGACCGCCACGCGUUCUCGCCGCGAUCGGCCUUCGAGGAGCAGGCUAUCCUCCUCCGCCGACGCGCGAGCCUGCAGGCUCAAUCGGAGGCGUCUCGGCGCGUCAAGGCCCGCCUCUCCUUGUCGACCCGCUCUUCCGACGAGCGUCCCGCUCACGCCGCAAGCCGCCGCCACUCGGCUCUCCCGGCGUCGGUACAAGUGCCCCUCGCCACGCGCAGGACGUCUGUCGCCGGCGCCGCGCCGACCUCGUCCCCUCCACGCCCCUCGGGCCACCUCAAGCCGCUCGUCCUCACCCCGACCCGUACCGUCCAGGCGCCCCUCACCAGCCUCAGCCCAACCUCACCGACUACCCGGCGUGGCUCGGCCGACCUGCCGAGGCGUGGCAGCUUCGGGCUCGUCCGCCAGAGCUCGAAAGAGCCUGACGGCGCACGGUCCUCGCCCGGCGCUCGCCGCCUGUCGUCGCCGCGCACGCCGGGCAACCGCCGGUCGCUCGGCUACUUCGACUCGGCGUCGAGCGGGCACGCCCUCGGCGCGCACCGCGACUCGCUCGCGCCGUCGCCGUCGCCGCCGCUCCACGUUCGGCGCGGCCGCACGGCGAGCCAGGACACGGCGGCGACCUCGUCGACGGACGACAGCGCCCUGAGCCGCUCGAGCAGCCUUCCGCUGCCGGACAGCCCGGCGUCGAGCGUCGAGGGCUGGUCCGACGAGAAGCACGCGCGCAUGGCGAGCGCAGCGGACGCGGCGGCGGUUGGCCCGAGGGGCAGCCCGCUCUUGAGCGACGGCGAGUGGGAGCGCGAGUACCAGCGUCGGUCGAGCAGGUCGGGACCGCUCGAGAUGGUCGCCGAGGACUCGGCGACCGAGCAGUCGGCGGCGCUGUACAGCCUCGGGCCCGCCAUCGACUUUACGGCCGCGACCCCGUCCACCAUCCACGCCGCCAGCUCGCCGUCCACCAUCACCUCGCCUCACGCCGGGCGCCCCAAGAGCAAGUACGACGAGCACUGGCUGGGCGACGCCGUCACCGACUCGGCCGCCGAGGAGUCGGACGCCGCGCCCUGCGGCUCGCGCUCGUCGACCGACUCGCCCGCCAGCCUCGAGCGCGCCAACUCGUCGUCGCUCAAGAAGGGCCGACCGAUCGUCAUCAAGAGCGUGACGGCGCGCUCGUCGGCCAUCAACGCCCGGCGCAGCCAGCGCCUGUCGCAGAUCGACCCGCCCGUCGGCGAGGCGAGCCACCGCCUCUCGCGCGCCAUGCGCCGCACGUCGAGCACGACUGGCGCCACGACUCACUCGUCGACGCCUCGCACGCCGCCAUCGGCUCAGCUCGACCGGUCGACCUCGCACCAGCGUCGCUUGUCGACGGCCCGAGCGCCCGCCUCGCCCGGCCAGCCUCUCGCCGGGCUCGCCAUUUGGCCGCCGCCUGUCGAGACCAAGACGGUGUCGCUCGCGCCCGCUCUCGGGUACGCCUCGGACGCCGAGUCGGCGGCCGGCCUGUCGGCGCGCGUGAGCGAGACGGACGACGAGGCGUUCGGCGCCCGUGCCGCCUCUCGGUCGCAGCGCCGCACGAUCGGGCAUCGCCGUCCGUCGCUCCUGCCACGAGGGCCUCGCGCGGCACCCGAGGACGACGAGUUCGGGCCCGAGUCGUGGCUCGACGUGCUCUUGACCGAGGAGCCGCCGACGCGCACGGCCCGCUCGCGCUCGGCCGUCGACUUGGGCGUCGACAGCCACGCCGGCAGGUUCACGACGUUGCACCAGUACGACCGGCCGAGGAAGGGUUCGGCGCCGACGCCGGGCUGUCUGCCGUCGAGCUCGCUGCCCGUCCCUCCUCGAGCGGGCGGCCUGACCAAGAAGUUCCUCGGCGGCUUCAUCUCCAAGGCGCCCGAGACGGCCAAGAAGCCCAUCUCGAUCGCGCCCAAGGACGGCAGCCGGCGCUCGUCGCUCAAGCCUCGUCCCGUCGUGUCGGGCCCUCUCGAGCUCGAGGCGGCGAGCUCGGCCCUGGCGCGGGAGCGCUCGAGCCGCUCGGUCCACUCGCUCGACUUUGGCGUCGCCGGCGGCGCCGCGAGCAGCACGCGCUCGAGCUCGGCCAUGUCGAACCGGGUCGGCGGCCGCCCGAUGGUGCACUACCCGUCGGCUGCCGUCGCCGCGUACGUGCGGCAGGGCCAGGCGACCGACGACUCGCGAGAGGAACUCGCGUCGCUCCACUUCGACAGCACCGACGACCUCGGCGCCUCGCUCGACGCCGUCUUCCGCCGCUCGCCCAAGCACGACCACCGCCGCAGCCGGUCGGGCUCGCCACCGCCGGUGCCGUCCAAGAGCGGGUCGCCGCAGCGCCACAAGCGGUACAGCAGCGUCGGCUCGAUCGAGUCGCUCUCGUCGUCGGCGUCGUUCACGAGCGCGAGCUCGCCCGCCGGCGAUCGGACCCGCUCGCGCCAGGGCUCGAUCUCGCUCUCGUUCUCGAGCGGGUCGCUCGCCUUCCCGGGCCCGUCGCACGCCGUCAAGAUGGAGCGCCAGGCGUCGAGCGAGCGGGCGAGGGACGCGUGGCGAGCCCAGGUCGUCGAGCGCUGA